AUGCUAAAUUUACACCCCCCUCUAUUUUUGUCUCCUUCACUCUUCCUUGUUGUUUCCUUUCUUUUAUUUUUUUUUAUAUUUCUUCCAUUUCCUUUUAAACCAUUCUCUUCUUUCAUCUUCUCUCUAACAUCCUCUUCCUCCUUUUCAUCUCUCUGUUUCCUUAAUAGUAUUUCACUCUUUCCCUACCCUUUUUUUUUACCUCUAAACCAGUGGUCCCCAAACAGUGUUGCACAGCUGAUGGGUGUGGCAGAAGAGAAUAGCAGAGAAAAAAUAUGUUUGGGAACCACUGCUCUAAACCAUUACUCUUUUUUUUCUUUUCUUUUCUCCUUUUUCUCUAUCACCCUGUUUUCUUUAUUAUUAUUUACACGACUUUUCUUAUUUCUUUGCCUAUUUAUCCCUUUUUUUCUUUUUUUUCUUUUCUUACUUGUCUUCUUUCCCACUUCUUUCUAUUUUCCUCUUUUCUUUCUUCUUUUCUCCUCUAUUAACUUCUUUCUUCCUUACAUCCUCUUCCCAUUCAUCCUAUCCUCUUAUUCCCUUUCUAUUUCUCUCUUUCUAUGUUUCCCUCUUUAUUUCCUUCUCUGA